GUCAAGUCGCUGGAGGAGAAGCUCAAUGCUUCCGCGGAGAACCACUCGGGAGCCAACGUCCGCAUCAAAGAGUUGGAGGACAAGCAGGAAGAGACACAAGGCACCGUGGAGGACUUACAACAGCAGCUGGCGGUCCUGACGGAGGAGCGCGACCUCGCGCGGGCCAGAGAAGAAGAGCUUUUCGAGCUGCUGAACGAGAAGGAAGAGCAGCUGAUGGAUACGAACCAAGGCUAUGUGAAUCUCACAGACCAGCUGAACGACCUUCGCGAGGAGCUGGAGGAGAAGAUUGACGAACAGGCUCAGAUGCUCGAUACACUGGGCGAGCGAAACCAAGCGCUCAUGGACCAAGGCAUCAAGCUCCGUGAAGAGCUGUCGGAGAGCAAGCGAAAGCUAGCCGAGGCGGACACCCUCGCCCCUCCGCUGCAUGGGAGCGACAUCAAUUUUUUGGAAUGA